AGCCAGCCCCGGGCCAUGGCCGAGGAGCAGACGCAGGUGGAGCUGUUUGUCAAGGCCGGCAGCGAUGGGGCCAAGAUCGGGAACUGCCCCUUCUCCCAGCGGCUCUUCAUGGUUCUGUGGCUCAAAGGCGUCACCUUCAACGUCACCACGGUGGACACGAAACGGAGGACUGAGACGGUUCAGAAGCUUUGCCCGGGCGGGCAGCUCCCCUUCCUGAUGUACGGGACCGAGGUCCGGACCGACACCAACAAGAUUGAGGAGUUCCUGGAGGAGGUGCUGUGCCCCCCCAAGUACCCCAGGUUGGCCGCCCGUAACCCCGAGUCCAACACCGCCGGGCUCGACAUCUUCGCCAAGUUCUCCGCCUACAUCAAGAACUCGAACCCGGCGCAGGACCCCGUGCUGGAGAAGGGGCUGCUGAAGGCGCUGCGGGUGCUGAACAGUUACCUGGCGGCGCCGCUGCCGGACGAGCUGGACGAGACGAGCGCCGAGGACGAGACGCGCUCGAGCCGCAAGUUCCUGGACGGGGACGAGCUGACGCUGGCCGACUGCAACCUGCUGCCCAAGCUGCACAUCCUCCAGGUGGUGUGUAAGAAGUAUCGGGGAUUCACCAUCCCGGAGGCGCUGGAGGGGAUCCACCGGUACCUGCGAAACGCCUACGCCCGCGAGGAGUUCGCCAGCACCUGCCCCGACGCCGAGGAGAUCGAACUGGCCUACGAGACGGUGGCCAAGGCCCUGAAAUAGCCUGGGGGGCCGGCGGGGCCCCACCCCAGCAUGGGGGCUGCAGAGCCUGGAAGGGGGGGGGGGCUGAUUUCGGGGGGUCUGUACUCGGCCUGGAGGGGGGCAGGGGAUUCGCGCUGAAAUGUUAAACCUGGUAAAUAAACC